AGACGCUUCUAGACUCAAUCAUUCUUGUUUCUCUCACACAGUAAAGUCAACACUAGAAACCAUUCUGAGCGAAUUUGUCAGUGUUUUAUGAAAAUUUCAACGAUUUUCUGCUUGAAAUAUAAUUCUUUAUUUACGAAAAAAAUACAAUAAGUAAUAAUAAUAUACAGAGCUUAGAAGCCACCGGAUUUAUUGUCACUGUUCGGAGUUAUUUCUCGUAUUCAUUCAUCAGAAAGAUUUUAAAGAAAUAUAUUCCAGUCUGAGCACAAAGAUCUAACAUGAAAAGUAUAUUACCCGUACUACUGGUUGUAGUUACCAUAACUACAUCAGUAAUAGCUGCCACCAAGAAGGAAGACGACAGCAAGAAGAAAGAGUCUGUGGGUACGGUGAUUGGUAUCGACUUGGGAACAACUUACUCUUGUGUCGGCGUUUUCAAGAAUGGACGUGUGGAAAUAAUUGCAAAUGAUCAGGGAAAUCGUAUUACUCCAUCAUAUGUGGCUUUCACCGGUGAGGGUGAACGUCUUAUCGGAGAUGCAGCCAAAAAUCAGUUGACCAGCAACCCAGAAAACACAAUCUUUGAUGUCAAGAGAUUAAUUGGUCGUACUUGGGACGAUAAAUCUGUGCAGCAUGAUAUCAAAUUCUACCCUUUUAAAGUUAUCAACAAGAACAACAAACCCCAUGUCCAAGCCAAAGUUAGUGGUGAAAUGAAAACUUUUGCUCCAGAAGAAAUUUCUGCCAUGGUUCUUGGUAAGAUGAGGGAAAUUGCUGAAGCUUACUUGGGUAAAGAAAUUAAAAAUGCUGUGGUUACUGUACCUGCUUAUUUCAAUGAUGCCCAGAGACAAGCUACCAAAGAUGCUGGAACAAUUGCAGGCCUCAAUGUAAUGAGAAUCAUUAAUGAACCAACUGCUGCUGCAAUUGCAUAUGGUCUUGAUAAGAGAGAAGGAGAGAAGAAUAUUCUUGUUUUUGAUCUUGGUGGUGGUACUUUCGAUGUCUCACUUUUAACUAUUGAUAAUGGUGUAUUUGAAGUAAUGGCUACCAAUGGUGACACCCAUCUUGGUGGUGAAGAUUUUGAUCAGAGAGUUAUGGAACAUUUCAUCAAACUAUAUAAGAAAAAGAAGGGCAAGGAUCUCCGUAAAGAUAACCGUGCAGUUCAGAAACUUAGACGUGAGGUUGAAAAGGCUAAACGUCUGUUGUCCACUCAGCAUCAAGCCAGACUCGAAAUUGAAGCUCUUUUUGAUGGAGAAGACUUUUCUGAAUCUAUAACUCGGGCUAAAUUUGAGGAUUUGAAUAUUGAUUUAUUCCGCUCUACAAUGAAACCAGUACAAAAAGUUUUGGAGGAUUCGAGUCUUGGCAAGAAAGACAUUGAUGAAAUUGUGCUUGUCGGUGGUUCUACUAGAAUUCCUAAAAUCCAACAUUUGGUCAAAGAUUUCUUUAAUGGCAAAGAACCUAACCGUGGUAUCAACCCUGAUGAAGCUGUCGCAUAUGGUGCUGCUGUCCAAGCUGGAGUCUUGAGUGGUGAAGAAGAUACUGGUGACCUUGUCUUGUUGGAUGUUAACCCCUUAACUAUGGGUAUUGAAACUGUUGGAGGAGUCAUGACCAAACUUAUCCUUCGUAAUACUGUUAUACCUACCAAGAAAUCUCAAAUUUUCUCUACUGCUUCUGAUAAUCAACCAACUGUAACCAUUCAAGUUUUUGAAGGUGAACGUCCCAUGACCAAAGACAACCACUUAUUAGGAAAAUUUGAUUUAACUGGCAUCCCCUCUGCUCCACGUGGUGUCCCUCAGAUUGAAGUAACCUUUGAAAUCGACGUUAAUGGUAUCCUAAAAGUCACAGCUGAAGAUAAAGGAACUGGUAACAAAAAUAACAUUGUCAUCCAGAAUGAUCAAAACAGACUUACACCUGAAGAAAUUGAGAACAUGGUUGCUGAUGCUGAGAAAUAUGCUGAUGAAGACAAAAAGACCAAAGAACGGGUUGAGUCCAGGAAUGAAUUGGAAGGUCUUGCUUAUUCUUUGAAAAACCAGCUUGGCGACAAGUUUGGUAGCUCACUUAGUCCAGAAGACAAAGAAACUAUGGAAAAAGCUGUUGAAGAUACAAUUAAAUGGUUAGAAGCCAAUCAAAAUGCUGAAUCAGAUGAAUUCAAAGCCAAAAGAAAGGAAUUAGAAGAUAUUGUUCAACCAAUUAGGGCUAAAUAUCAAGGACAGGGUUCAGAACCUCCUAAAGGGGGAGACACAGAAGACAAGGAUGAAUUAUAAAAAAGAAAUGUUUUAGGACUUACAAGGAACAUUUAACAAAUUGUCUUGAAUUCAGAAAUUCCAUCAUUGUCUGAAUGCUUUUUAUAUUUACAUUCAAGACUUGAUCUUCUCGUCUCAGAAUGGGUAUGGGAGGAUUCUACUGCUGCUUGUUUUUUCAUCUCCGAGACUUAUGUGAUUGAGACUUGUAUAUAUUUAAAUAAUUUCCAUUUGUUGUUGUCUUUCAUGUACACAUUUUUUGUUUUGUUUUCUUUUGUUUUGUUUAUGUACUUAUUUUGACCUUUUGUCUGGCUACACAUUGAAUAUCUCAAUCACAAUUCCACUAAUUUGUUUUUAUUUCCUCUGUUAUUACUGGUCUGUAUCAGACACAGUGAAGGACAUAAUUAAAAUUAAAACUGCAGCAGUCCAGAUGAAUGAAUGAACAGUGUGUCAGCCAGAUAAAGAUCAUGUCUGUAGAAAAAAAAAUAAAUAUUAAAAAAAAUAAUUUGUAAAAAAAAA